UUAAAUAUCAAAUACUUAACCAGCAUUCCUCGCAAUCUCCUCAUCCUGCACGCCUGUUGUGGUCCUCUUCCUCUUUCUCGCUCUUUCCUUCUCUACCUGCAGACUCUCUCAAAUCCAUUUCUGCUCCUCCUCUUCUCCUACGUCACCUUCCCCCAAAUUGGUCUCCUAUCUUCUCCCCCAUCACCUUCCCCCAACACCGCAAGCCGCCCUUCCCAUGUUCACCCCCACAGAUCUAUCAAUACCAACCUCCACCUCCUUCACCAGCCAAAUAUCUCCACCCAAAUCCCCACCUUCUACACAGAUACGACUCACAUGUCGCAAAUCUAAGGGAGAAGUGUAGCAGAGACGAAUUGGGUUGUGGCAGUUAGAGAACAAAAAGUGAAGGAAGAAGAUCUCUCUUUGGAACCGUAUCAGAUAAUUCGCUGAUUGAGUUUCAUUGAGAUUUUAUUUUUAACUUUCUUCUCAACUAAUGUGUUUUGGGUUCAUGGUUUUUAUAGGAGUUAAGACAUACGAAGUGGACUCCGGACUCCCAUAAAGAGCCCGUUUGUGAGCAACAUCAAGUCUGGGAUGAGAUGCAAGUCUUUUGAGGAAGAUGAAGCUGUCCAAAUAUGCAUCUUGUAUUUUUACAAUAUACAUUUUCAGAUUUUGUUUGCGCGCCUGGUGUAAACAUUCCAAGUCACUUUAACAUUUUUUUUUUCUGGAUGAUUUUGUACUGAUUUGAUAUUGAGGUGUUUUUAUACAAACUGAGUAUAAAAAGCUGAGCUCGAUAAUAUGUUUGGUAAACAUUUAAAACAACUUAUUUUCACAGUUUUGAAUGAAAAAAUAUUGAAAACGUGAAAUUGCAAAAAUGAGCUUAUUAUUACGGGCAGAAGCAGUUUUUUUUUUUUAUUAUUAAAACACAACAAUAUCAAACCAGUUCUUUGAAGAAUGAAUUUGUCAAUUUAAGUUGUAAAUUGAAGGGUUAUGUCAUGGUUAGAAUGGUCUAUUUACUUGCAUACAAUUACAAUGUAGCUGGACGUGAAAUCCAAUUUAAUGCAUCCCUUAUUUUUUCGAAGUAAUUUUUUUAAUAUACACAGAAUUGAGCACAAUUUCAAAAGUGUGCCCUCUCAGUUUAAACGAUUAGUCGGUAUGUCCGCAGAGUAUCACGCAAUUGAAUGAUACUAACUUUUUGUGGGAGCUGCGAAUGGAUAGGAAUACAUUUGCAGUUUUAUGUGAUUUACUACAAACUCAUGGUGGAUUGGUAGAUGAUGGUCAGGUUACAAUAGAGUAGCAAGUAGCUACUUUUGUUAACAUAUUAGCCCACCACAAUAAAAAUAGGUCAAUGCAAGUUAGAUUCAUUAGGUUUGGUGAAACUAUUAGUCGGUAUGUCCGCAGAGUAUUGCGUGUGUUGCUCAGUUUGCAAGAUGUGUUGUUUGCAAAACCAACCCCUAUCUCAGAGGAUUGCACGGAAUCGAAAUGGAAAUGCUUUAAGGGUUGCUUAGGAACGCUAGAUGGAACAUACAUAGGGGUCACUGUGCUUGAUGUCGAUAAACCAAGAUAUAGAACAAGGAAGGGUCAUAUAGCAACUAAUGUGUUAGGCGUAUGCACACACGUCCUCAAAUUUGUAUACGUGUUAUCCGGUUGGGAGGGAUCAGUUACUGAUUCGAAAGUUCUUGGUGACGUUGUUACUAGAGCUAAUGGCCUCAAGGUCCCAACUGAUUAUAUGGCUACCUCACGUAAAUGGAUUGAUCAUGAGGAGGAUGUACUGCUUACCAUCUUCGAGGAGAUGGUUGCUGAUGGUGUUAGGUGUGUGACCAACAGUUUUAAGGCUAGUACUUUGUAAUGGUUGCCUCCAAGAGGAGGGAACAUAUUCCUGGCAUUAAUAUAGAGCUGAAGCAUAUCAAAACAAAUUGAAGCGUCUAAAAGAAAAGUAUUCAUCUGCAUAUGACAUGAUGAAUACAUUUGGAUUUGGUUGGGAUGAUGAGAAAAAUUGUGUUAUGGAUAGUGACAAAUACUACAGAAGUGGGAGAAGGUAAAUUUUGUUUCUUAUUUUUUUUAUCAAUUAGUUUAUUUGAAAGUCUUAACCUUGAUUUCUUUGGGUUCUUAUUGUAGAAAUAUCCUAAUGCAUCUUGCAAACCAAAUAAGCCAUUCCCGUUGUAUCUACGAUUAUGUAUGGUAUUUGGGAGAGACUGAGUCACGAGUAGUAUGGCUGAAUCAACAACAGAUGCAAUUGAGAAUAUGAGUUUGGAAAGUGAGGAUUGUGAGAUUUCUGAGAUGCCUCCACCUUCACCUACCCCAUCUCCUUCUGUUGUUACAUCUAGUGCAUCUUAACCUGUUAGAAAGAGGAAGAGAAGUAGGAAUGAUGGUGAUGCAAAUAUUGUAUUUGUUAUUAGUAAAGGUUGGAAUAAAGCUGUUACUGAAAUAAAAAAAUUAGGUGAAAGUUUUACUUUUAGAGAAGCCAAAGCUAGACUACCUUCUGAGCUUCAGGCUAUGGGGCUCCCAUACAAUCAGGUGCUAAGAAUUUCAAUGAAGUUAGUGAAAGAUACCGAUCAGAUGGGUAUUUGGUCUACCUUGGAUGACUCAUAGAAGCCAGAGUUCAUUAAAGUGUUUAUGGAGAGCCUUUAAGCAUUUGGGGUUUUAGUAUUUGUGGUUUUAGUAUGAUGAACU